ACAGUCUUUGUAACAGAAAACGACACUCACAAUGUCACUGAAGAGCAGGCGGCUCGUGGUGGAUUCACAUUUACAACUUGGCGCCUUAGCCUCGCGCACGGCCGUUUACUGCUGGGGGCGCGGUCAACCUAUGACAUUUGACUUCCAUCCCGCCGUGCUCCUCCGGCGAAGCUGGUCAAGGCCGGAGGGUAAAGUUGCGGUUGUCUGGUCGUUAAAAUACUGAUAGCCAUUAAUUUACUCGGUGGCCCACCUUCGCGAUUGUACCGCGCUUUACAUCGCAGUGAGUACUUCUGUGCUGCGGGCAACAUACCGGAAACUGGGACACCACCCCCGCACAACGCUUCGUGAGCUUCUUUAAGAAAUCGCCCGCUGCCAACAUGGCCAACGAGAAGACUGCGGAUGGCAUUCAGGCGCCUCUGCCAGGGCGAUGCGGGUACUUUGUGGAAAAGAAGAAGAGAUUUUGCAAAAUGAUUGUUGCAAAAGGGAAACGUCUUUGUGGGGAACAUGCGAAUACAGCGUCAGACACUGAGGGUGACAAACAGAGAAGAAUUCCAUGCCCACUUGAUCCAAAACACACAGUCAAUGAAGAUAAAUUAGAAAAACAUCUGAAAAAGUGUAAUUCAAGGGAAAAACCCAAACCUGUUUACUAUGUUAAAGACAUAAAUGGGGGUUAUGCAGAUGCAAUGGAGACAUCCACACAACAGGUUUCUAUUUGUGCUUUGUCCAAACAAGAACUGGAGAAACUGGUUAAAAAGCUCCUAACGGCAACAAGCAGUUUGAAUUCUAAGCUGACAGACCAAACAUUAAGUCACGAAGCACUACAGGAAGCUUUGAAUGAUCCAAAAAAUGGAGAUUUUGCCUUUAAACAUUUGAAACAGCAGGCUUCACUUGCUGGUAAUUUGGAAAGAAUGGGCUUGCUUGGAUCUAACAGAUGUUUUGUGGAGUUUGGUGCUGGUCGAGGCAAGUUGUCCCAUUGGAUAGAUCUUGCUUUACAAGAUGCCAAGAAUGUUUACUUCCUCCUUGUGGAGAGAGCAACUACACGUUUCAAGGUAGAUGGUAAACAUAAAAAUAGAGGCUCAGUGUUUGAGCGACUUCAAGUUGACAUCAAAGAUCUCAGCCUAGGCAAGGUGCCUCUUCUUGCAAGAAAAAGACUACCUGUUGUUGGAAUCGGCAAGCACUUGUGUGGAGCUGCUACAGACCUUGCUUUAAGAUGUCUCAUGGAAAGCUACAAAACAAAUUUGGAAGAUACUGGCAAGGAACCACCAGAAAAAAGAUUGAAGAGUGAUGAAAUGUGCACGAUAGGAGAUCACAAAUGUCUUUCUAAUUGUACUGUAGAUAGUGCUGAAAAUAGAAGUCCAGUCCUGGGAGUUGCUAUUGCACUGUGUUGCCAUCACCGAUGUGAAUGGAGGCAUUACGUAGGCAAGGAAUUUUUUUUUUCACAAGGUCUUGAUGCAGAAGAUUUUAGGAUCUUUCAACGUAUGUCAAGUUGGGCCACCUGUGGAAUGAAACAGCAUGCGAGUGGUGUGGGUGAGACAGAAUUUGACAAGGCAAACCAGAAAGAGCAGUUGGAGGACCACAAUUUUGAAGAGGAAAGUUUCACUUAUGAUGGGACACUGACUGUAGAAGAGAGAGAACAUUUGGGUCAUCUUUGCAAGCGGCUGAUAGACCAAGGACGGAUCUACUACUUGAAGCAGCAAGGAUUUGAUUCAGUUUUGCAGUAUUACGCUAGUCCCAGCAUCUCUCUAGAAAAUGUCCUGCUCACAGCUAUUCCUGUUCCAAAGAUUCAAUAAGAAGUGACUUUCAACAGAUUGAUAUUGGUAAACUGUUAAACAAAUUUUGCUGAAACAUUCCUCAUACCAUUAUCUAUUACACAAUAAGUUCCACUUAUUGGCCUGUCAUUAAUUCUUCUUGGAUUCUCUUUGUCUUGUGGUACGUUUGUAUUAUACUGCACAAACAAGACUAAGUUUCAGCAAUGUGAUCUCAUUUAUUUGGUGUCUUAAAUCUCAUUUCACAUAAAGGAGGUCCUUUCAUAAUUUCACAACAAUAUUGAAGAAUCCACUCAAGUUUAUGUAAAUUAUAUAUAUUUAGCAGUGAGUUGUGGUCUUUUAAUCCAGUAUUUGAUUUAUACACAAGGCAACUUGAUUUCAGUAGGAUAUUUCAGCUUCAAUUGUUACAGACAGUUCUGACGUAUAAGUUUUAGUUUUGCCUGAAAGACAAAAUAAAUAACUUUUAUUGUUUUCAUUGAUUUGUGAUAUGCUACUUUGUAGACAAUUCAUUUGCUUAUGUCCCGUAAGGAGACAUUUCCUCUAUCCUCUACCACAUUAUUUACAACAUUGUUACAAAUUGUACAACUCUUAAAGCAAUGUUUUCUUCAUGAAUGAUUUCCAUUGUAACCUCAAACCAAGUUAAAGUAAAUGUCCUAUCUUUUAUUAGUAAGUGCUGAGUCACAAAACUAUGUAGGUCAGUCACAUAAUUCUUCUAAAAUUAAACUGUCACUAGUGAUAUACUAGCACAGUUGUUAAAAGAAAGUCCUAAUUAAUCCGGCUAGACUUUUAAUUUAUUCAGGGGGAAAAGGCUUCAAUGGUUAGGCCAGCAUUUAUUACACCUCCCAGUUUCCCAUGAAAAGUUGGGGUCAGCUGACUUCUUGAACUGCUGAAGACCAUUUGGUGUAGAUGUACACACAGUGCUAUUAUGGAGUGCCAGCAUUUUGAACCAGUGAAAGUGAAGGAACAGUGAUGUAGUUCCAAAUCAGAAUGGUGAGUCACUUAGAGGGGAAUGUAAAGGUGACCUCAGUCAUUUUAGAUACUAGUGGUCCUUGAUUUGGAAGGUACUGUCUAAGGAAUCUAGUGAACUGCUACACUGCAUCUUGAAGAUAGAACACAUGCCUGCUACUGAGCAUUGAUGGUGGAGGGAGUGAAUGUUUUGAGGAUGUUGUGCCAACCAAGUGGGCUGCAUUGUCCAGGAUGGUUUUAAAGUUUGUACGUUGUUGAAGCCGCACUUUGCAGGCAAGUAGAGAGUAUUCCAUCCCAGUCCUGAUUUGUGCCUUGUAGAUGUUCAGCAGGCUUUGGGGAGUCAAGUGACUUAAAUGCUGCAGGAUUCCUAUCACUGACCUGCUCCUGUAGGUAAAAUAUUUACAUGACUAUUCAAAUCCAGUUUCGGUCAAAGAUAACCUGCACCCACUUACCCAAGGAGGAUGUUGAUGGUCUACUUAAGUAUUUAAGAAUUCGUAAACGGUGCUGAACAUUGUUCACUGUUAAUAGCACAUCCCAUUUCUGACCUUACUGAUAUUUUCUAAUAAACCCAUUCAGAGAACUUAUUACACACCUCCUGACAGGUGGAAUUUCUACCUGGGUCUCCUGACUUGCAAGUAAGGACACUACCUAUGCCACAAGAGCCCUACUUCUGAAAGAAGGUCCAGGUUAGGUGCCUCUCUUGUAGCUGUACUGGAAUAGCAUGGCUAGGGACACAGCAAGUUCUAUAGCACAAGUCUUCAGUACUAUUGCAACAAUGUAGUCUGCAGCAUCUUCUGCCUUCAGCCAUUUCUUGAUUAUCAUGUAGAGUCAACUGAAUUGCAUGUAGACUGACGUCUGUAAUGCUGGGGACUUCUACAUGUAAGUCAAUUUUAUUCCUCAGGCACUUAAAUUUUGAGUACUACCAUGGAUAUCCUCACAACAGUCUGGUAAAUUUAUUGUGUCUUUUUCACUUUUAAAGUCAAGGUUAUCUGAAUAAUAUGGAUGUGUUUAGAAUUUUAGCAGUGUUUCACGGUGUAACUGAUUUCAGUAUAAUAUACACUGUCUGUAAACAUUAAUCUCAAUUUUUCAUAUGCAGUAAAAUAAAUAUUUGAAAAUCUAUCACCAGCCUCUUUCUAUGCUAUUUUUCUUGAUGCAACGUAACAUGGCCUGAUUUGUUAAAAAUAUGUUCACUUGUAUUUAGUGCGAAAUAAAU